GUUAUCGUUAUCGUCAUCAUUUGCAAGUACAGUGUCUUCUUCUUUGAACCGUGUUUUUCAACAAUUUAUUUUAGAUUUACCUAUUUUUCUUAUGAUUUUACAAAAAUAAACAUCUGCCCAACAAGCAAAAACACUCUUCAGUUGUUUUAUUUUGAUUUUAGCCAAAAAGACUCGGUUUUAACACGAUUUUCUAACCUGUUGCAUUUACAUUCUUAUUCGACAGCCGCCACAUCCGCAUCAAAAGCAAUUUCUGGAGUCAAUCCACCACGUAAACGCGGUCGCCCAAAGCGCAAUAAUGUCGAUGAUCAGCCCAAACCGAAACUAUUGGACAAACUACGGGCGGCCACUGAAAAUGAGGCGGCCAGCGAACCAGCCGUGUACGCGUCAACCACAAAAGGAGGUGUGAAACUAAUUUUCAACGGACACCUGUUCAAGUUCUCCUUCCGGAAGGCCGACUACUCCGUUUUCCAAUGCUGCUACCGCGAACAUGGAGAGGAAUGCAAAGUGCGAGUUGUCUGCGACCAAAAGCGAGUCUUUCCUUACGACGGGGAACAUGCCCAUUUUAUGCAGGCUAGUGACAAGAGUUGCCUGGCUUCGCAGUUUAUGCCGGGAGAAACUGGCGUUAUUUCAUCUUUGAACACCACCACCAAGGACAGUAAAGUAGAACAGCUACUUAAGAAAACAACCAAACUUGCCGAGGAAGUGGAGUUGGAGGACGAAGAUCAUGAGGUGUUUGAGAUUCAAGAAAUAGACGAAAUCGAUAUGGAUCCACCUCUCGAGGCUCCUGAGUUGCCUGUAGAACUGCCCGUGGUAGAGGCGCAGGAAGAAGUAGACCCCAAUGAUUUCCGAGAGAAAAUUAAAAGACGCCUACAAAAGGCGUUGCAAAACAAAAAGAAGUGACCUUUAUGAAUUAAUUUCCAGAGCUUCAGCAUAUUUUCUACAAAUAUAUAAAUAUUUACUUUUCGGUUUCCAAUAUCACUAAAGAGAACGUACUACAUAUUUAAGUUUUUCCAAAUAAAUAAUUGUCAAUAAAUCAAAUGAUCAAGAAAACUA